AUGGCUCGUGGUGGGACAGACGAGGAUUACGAUGAUGAUGGUGUUGAUUCGAAUGGAGGGGGGUCUGGUGAGGAGUAUGCUUACCAGAAUAUGGAAGACUACAGGGCUAUGAUCGGCAAUGAUGAUGACCAGGAAGCCGCGGAAAAGGAGUUCGGGUUUGACGAGGGCAACUAUGUGAGUGAGGCAGACUCUUUGCUGGCGGAAUUUAGUGAUUAUGGCGGGAUCUCGGAGGAUGAUGAGCAGGAUUUUAUGGAUGCGAUUAGGGAAGCCAACAAUUUCAAAGUGAAGAGGAAACGAAGGGAUAGGAAGGCAAAAUCUUCAGUUAAGGCAUCUCGGCAGAGAGUUCUGGAUCCAGAAGUCUCUCAAUUGCUCUCUGAAGCGAACGAAGCGUUUGUGAGGAAUGAUUUGCAGGUCGCAGAAAGAUUAUAUAACGAGGUGAUCAAGAAAGAUGCGCGAAAUUUUGCCGCUUAUGAAACUCUGGGUGAGAUAUACCAGUUGCAAGGCCGUUUGAAUGAUUGUUGUAAUUCUUGGUUCUUGGCAGCUCAUCUCAAUUCCUCUGACUGGUCGUUUUGGAAGAUCGUGGCUAUUCUAUCAGCGGAUUUGGGCCAUAUACGGCAGGCGAUUUACUGUUACUCAAGAGUGAUCAACAUGAAUCACGAAGAAUGGGAGUGUGUGUACCGCAGGUCUCUGCUUUACAAGGAAGUGGGACAGAUUGGGAGAGCAUUGGAAGGUUUCCAAAGGCUUCAUGCGCACAAUCCGCUAGACGGCAAUAUUUUGCGAGAUUUGGCAGUGCUUUAUGUCGAGUACAACCGUAUUAACGAUGCCGUGGACAUCUAUAUGAAGAUUUUUGAAGAUAAUGUAGAAAGACGGAAUGCCAUAAUCGCUGCUUCUGAAAGUGCUCUUGAGUCUUCUGAUGAGGAGGAAAGUGAAGAUGACUCAACGACUGAAGAAACUGUGGAGAAUGAAGCCGAAUUGGAGGAGAUGAAGAUGUACCCAAGUAUCAACUGGAAGAAAAUAAGAGCCAAAUAUAAAUGUAUCAUUUUCGAUUGGUCUUCGUUGAACAUCCUUGCCGAACUGCUCCUGAAACUGACUUCUGGGGGCAGUUCUGGAAUUAAAGCGAUCAAGAAGUGCGCUAGGUGGAUAGAAAACCGUGAAAACCAGGUUUUUUGGGACGAUGUCAAUGAUGAUUCCGAAUUUGAUAGCAGAAGAUUCAAGAAUAGUAGGUUUGAUUCUUUAAAGGAAGCCGAGAAGCAAAAAUCGUACGAUCUACCAAUUGAUAUUAGGAUACGUUUAGGCUUAUUGAGAUUGCUCACUGAUAAUACCGUAGAAGCGCUCAACCACUUCCAAUUUUUGUAUGACGAAAACUUUGCUGAUAUCCCUGAUCUCUAUUUCGAAGUGGCUCUAGCGUUGCAAAAGGCAGAGAAGUACAAAGAAGCUAUCGAUUUUUUCUCGCCGCUGCUAUCGAUGGCAGAAUACCGUACUUUAGAACUCUACAAGCCGUUGGCGAAAUGCUACAAGGAGAUUGAAGAUUACACUAUGGCGGAAAAAUACUACAAGAUGAUUGUCGAAAUUGAGCCCGAGGACCUGGAUAAUAAAUUAAUACUAGCGGAGAUUAACUAUCAUCUGGGAAACACUGAAAUCUUUAGCCAAUUGUUAUUAGAGGUCGUUAAUCUGAGAAAGCGUCAAGCAAGUCAAAGUGUGUCAACACCAUCCUCAAAUAGAGGCAAUGAAGGGUCAUCGGAAAAUAUUGCUAAAGAAACUUCCGCAAAGCCUCUGCUGGAGGACAGUUUCUUUAGACGAUCGGGUCCAAAGAGAAAAAGAACUCCCCAGGAUGCAGAGAGAGAACGGCAAGAACGUGAGAAGAGAAUCACCACAAAAGUAUUAGACAAAUACAACAAACUGUCGUUGUACAGACCUGGGAUGAUAGAUGGAGAUAAAACUCAAAGAUACCUAUGGAUUGAUACUGCUUCUGACCUAGUUGAUGUGUUUUCAAGUGUUAAAAACUUUUUCGUUAAGAGCAGAUCGAAGAAGUUCGUUGGGAUUUUUAGAAGAACAAGAAAGUUUAAUAAAGUCAUCGAUUACAAGAUCGAGAGGCUAUCCAAAUUAUCAGAGGGUGAUAACCUUCUAGAUGGGUUACCUUUGAUGGAAGAAAGAGUGACUCUUACUUCAACAACUGAACUCAGAGGUCUAACAUACGACCAAUGGUUUGAAGUCUUUAUGGAGCUCGCACUUAACCUUACCCGUUAUCAAAGUGUGGAAGAUGGAUUGAGCGUUAUUGAAACGGCUCAAGAGGUAAACGUUUUUUUCCAGGAUCCAAACAGAGCCAAGAUGAUGAAGUUCAUCAAAUUAGCGAUUGUUGCUCAAGCGGAAGAUGAGAACGCGCUGAUUGAGAAUUUGAGAGGCCUGCUGAAUCAAUUUCAAUUCAACCGUAAGAUCCUGCAGCUUUUCAUGUAUUCGCUAAUACGUGGACAAACUUCACUUGACAUAUUGAGCUCCACAGUUCAUCAGAAGUUCUUUUUGAGACAGCUGAAAGCAUUCGAUAGCAUUCGAUAUGGCAAGGAAGUUAAUGGUCAAGCUUCUAUCACCAACAAAAUGGUUUCGAAUCCAGAGAAAUUAAACUCCCCAUACCUGCACUACAUUUACGCCGUGCUGUUAUACGCAAGUAAAGGUUUCCUCUCUGCACUGCAAUACUUGAAUAGGCUGGAACAGGAGAUUCCGGAUGAUCCUAUGAUAAAUUUAUUGAUGGGCCUUUCUCAUCUUCAUAGAUCGAUGCAAAGGCUGACACCAAACAGACACUUCCAAAUUUUGCAUGGGCUACGGUAUUUAUAUCGCUACUACGACGUAAGGUCAUCCAUGUACACAACCAUUGAGAAGCAGGAAGCAGACUACAAUUUAGGUCGGGCAUUCCACUUACUGGGGCUCGUUUCAAUCGCAGUGCAGUACUAUAACAAGGUUUUAAAUGAUUACCAAGAUGAAAAGCUCAAGAAACAUGCAGCAUACAACUGUGUGAUAAUCUAUCAAGAGAGUGGAAAUACUGAGCUCGCGAACCACAUAAUGGAAAGAUAUUUAAGCGUCUAA